AUGGAUCCCGUGCAGGGUGGUCGUACGCCAUCGCAGCUGGCAUUGUCGAUGGGCACGUCGUCGGCGGUCGUCGAUUCAAAGUCGACCUCGUCAUCGAUCGCCUCGGGUAGCACCGCAACCGGCCUGCCAUCGUCGCAGCAGAACGGCACCGCGCGUCGCAAGGGUCGACAAGUGCAGGAUGUGAACCAUGUCAGUCUCCUCCUCACCGCACCUUUUUCAGCGUUGUGCCUCGUCUGCACGAGCUGACGGAGCGCUCGUCCGUGUGGCGCUGACCGGUGGAGACGAUUACGCGAUGAGCUACAGUUGCUCGGCUUCACGUUACCGCCACGGAGUACACCCCCUCUGGCCUCCGCACCUCGACGAUCCAACAAGCGCAACCCAGCUUAUAAUAGCUCGUUCGAUCGCGCUCGCUACAUCCACACCUUCCGCUUCGUCGUCAAGCCCGAAAAAGGUCAGUUCCGGUUCGGCGUCGUGACCCGGGGAGGGGGGCGUAGAGUAGCGAAUCUUAAUGCUCCAACUGACUUCCCGACCUUGUGGCAGACUACACCGCCAACUUGGCCGAUCACGAUGUCCGGUUGGAUUGGGCCGAUAUCCUGCAGGUCAUCCUCCCCACUGCAUCGAGCGCGUUGUCGACCGUGCUGUCGUCGACCGCGACCGUGCUCGACCAGCAUCCUGGCUCGGCUCCAACCUGUCCCAUCUGCUUGUCUGAACCUACUGCCCCCAGGAUGGUGAGCUGGAACAGAGUGGGCAAGUCGACCUGGUCUCAUUUGACUGACGUUUUGAAUUGCUUCCAUCUUUCGCUCUAACAGACCAAAUGCGGUCAGUUUUGCGAUUGACUCAUCUGUCGUUUCCCCACCCGCACGAGGCUGAUCGGCUCAUUCCCGAAUUCAUCACAGGACAUGUAUUUUGCUUCCCGUGUAUCCUGCACUAUCUGGCGCUCGCGGAUGGCCAGAAAUGGCGCAAGUGUCCCGUCUGUUGGGAGUUGAGUCGCGAACCUUUCCUUCUCUCGAUAAUUGGGUCCCCUCUCCCGCAUCGACCCCACUCGCCUGCCUAUCGAGCCCCUCGAGACCACGGGCGGCAUAAUUUGCUGACUUUUGGCCUGCUUUUUUCUUCUCCUUCUCAGCUCGGUGUAUGCUAAAGACCUCAAAGUCGUAAAGUGGCAUGAUGCCGUCACCUCAGCUCAGUACGACUCGUCGCCAACCGCGGACCUGGCAGCUCUUUCGAUCGAAGACCUAUCCCACUCUCUGCUGCACGACCAUUCGCGGAACACGACUUCCGAAAGCCUUGGAGUAUCAUCUGGAGGCGAGCCACUCAAGAUGCGACUCAUCCGUCGACCCCAAAUCUCGACGCUCGCACUCCCUCGCUCCGACACCUGGCCGUCCGAAGCAGUUCCGCCUCUCCGGGCGCCAUGGAACUUUUCCCCCGAUGCAUUUUCUUUCGCCAAAUUUAUGCUGGGCUCACCCGAGUACCUCAAGGAGGAGUUGGACCAGAAUAUGCGCGACCUCGAGCAGGAAGUCUCCAUCCUACGACGGUGUGGAAGACAGGGUGGCACUGAUGAAGAGUUGGGUAUCGUCUUCGUUCGAGCGGCGAUGGUCAAAGUUUCCGAACAACUCCAAAAAGUCGGGGCUCUCAAAACGACGAGCGUCAUGACGGCGCGGAAAAAGGCGCUCAAGGAGAUUCAGGAGAUCAGGGAUCGGCCGGGCGAAUUGCCGUUGGGGCCUCCUUUACCUCUCUUUUCCGAGACGAGUUCGAGCGAAGUCGAAGACGCUCCUAGCGAACUCCUCGGGAUUCGAUCGUUGAAUGGUGGACGUAUACUCUCGGGUGAUGCACCGGUCUUCCAACCUGGCGGUCCUGGAGCUCGAGCUCGACCGCAGCGCAAGAACGUAAAUCCUGCCCCUGCGCUCGACGCCGAUCCAACCUAUUAUUUCUAUCAGGCCGCUUCGGGCCAGAACAUCUAUCUCCAUCCACUCGACAUCAAGAUCCUCAAAUCUCAUUUCGGGACUUACCAAGGCAUGCCCGACGUCAUCUCCGUCAAAGUCGAAGGCGCGGACGAGGGUUCCAUGAACGACGAUCUACGACGGAGAUGUCGCUGGCUUGCGCAUCUACCGGCCUCAUGCGAUGUCGUCUUUAUCGAGGCGGAUUUGACGUCCGUCGUUCCGGGAUCGAGUUUGCAACCUUACUCGCACGCUUUGAAGCAACGCAGGACGAAGAGGAGGGAUAAAGCGAGGAGGGAGGAUAAGGCCAAGCUCAAUUCGGAGCAAAAAGAGGUCGAGGCUCGUCCCGUCUACAUGGCGACUUAUGGAUCGGUGGGAACGGGAUACAACAGUUGGAGCAAUGUUCCCAUGAAGACGGCUUCGACGCAGCAGAUGAUGGCGUCGACGACGGCGUUCCCUCCUCCUUCGUCGGGAUCCAAUCCCGGUAGCUCGUGGGGUGAUGCGCAUGGUUUCCCUUCCUCCGUUUCUCCCACCAGGCCCGCUCCUAUAUCAAAUUGGGGGAACCAAGCUCCUUCCACUGCAGCGAACACCCAAUCCCUCGCAGCUCCUCGAUCCUUCGCUUCGGCUCUCCAUUCUUCUUCCAGACCUUCCGCUAGCCGACCUUCGCAGGGCCAUGACCUCGACGAAUGGGACGAUGCUGAAUUCGAUGAACGGUGGCACGAUUUCGAAGAUCGAUUACAUGACGCUUCCUCCAACUCAUUCUCUUCGCUAAAUUCAAGAGGGGGAGCAAAUCGAGGUGGGGGAAGCGCGAGUGGAUCGAAUGCUGGUGAUGGGGCAGGGGUUAAGGAUGGAAGGGCGAUGCCGAAGCAGAGUUUCGGGGGCAAGAAGAAGGGGAGAAAGGCGGCGUUGACGUUGAACCUUAGUGGGGCGGCGAUGAGAGGGACCGGAUGA